AUGUUUUUUCCCAAAGACGUGUGUGGUAAAACGGAGUGGGUGGAUAAUGAUUCGGUGGAGCUUGAGCGUAAAGUGGGUUGUGAAUAUCUGAACGCAUUCUCGCCGUUGCUGAUGCGCGUCUUCAAAUGCAAUCACGAUAUUAAGUUCCUUACAGCUGGCGAAGGUCCUGAAAAAGCAUAUUACAUGCUAAAGUAUGCAACAAAACCCCAAAAUGUAUUGGAAAACCCCGUCGCGGUCUACGCUCACGCGUUUGAUAAGGCAAGUAGAAAGCGCGAGAUUACAGACUCAGCUGUGAACGCAGGAAAGCGAUGUGUGCAGUCGAUGUGCUGCACUCUAUCAAAACCACAAGAGGUCUCGGCGCCUAUGGCAGCCCUUUACGUUCUUCGUGAGUCCGCUUUUUACGCUUCCGCUGAUUUCGUAAAGGUGGCACUCAAUGCUUUUGUUGAUAUGUUAUUUAACGAGGAGCCAAUUGAGGUCAUGCUCAGACCUUCAGACAACAGUACAACCUACAGGCCUCAAAGUGCAGUGUUUGACUAUGUACACCGUCCACAAACGCUAGAUCGGUGCAAUUUAAUGGAGUUUUCGAAGAACUGGACAAAGCAAAAGAACUUGACCGGUCUCCGGUUUUUACAAGAGCACGGACAAUACGAAACUCAUACCAUACAUCGAAGAUUGCUGCCUGUUGUGGCGACAAUUAUAGGAAAGCGGCUUCCAGAUGCACGUGACAAUAAUAUGCCUGCAGAAUCACGUAAAAUGUUACAGCGAUCCCUGCUCACGUUGUUCAAGCCAUUUCGUAGACCAGCGGAUUUGGCUUUGGGUGGCCGUGACUCUGCUUUUAUGUUCCAGAGCUGGUGGGAUAAUGAAGCACCCGAUAGUGCACGCCAAUUUCUCGAAAACUCUAAUGAUUAUUAUACUUCCCGUGAAUUAGCGCGCAAACGCUCAGAUGAAAGCAAGGAGCGCUUCAGGGUCAGCGUGGGUGCUAGCGAUCUUCACGACAUUGAAAGCGAUGACGACAUUAUCGACGAACCAUUUAACAUGGGUGAAAGGGAGACCGAAGUUGUAGAUCGCUUUGAAAGCGAUUGUGACAACCGUCAAAUCUCGCGGCUAAGUCUUGUUUAG